GAAAUGUCGCUGUCAGACGGUGCCUCGGACGACGAAAUGCCCUUAACGUUACCCACAGAGAGCAGCCACAGUGGGAGCAUCCGAAAGGGGUGUGAUCCUUUCGCCCAGACUCAGCGCAGCAAACUGCAGCACAGACGAGCUCGCAUCAACCAGCAGAUCAACAAAGAGAUGCGCAUGAGAGCCGGAGCAGAGAACCUGUUCAGGGCGACGACCAACAACAAGGUGAGGGAGACCGUUGCUCUGGAGCUCAGCUUUGUCAACUCCAACCUGCAGCUGCUGAAAGAAGAACUGGAGGAGCUGAACAGCAACGUGGAGGUUUACCAGACAGACAGUGAGGCUGUCAACGUUCCCAUGAUCCCACUCGGCUUAAAAGAAACCAAAGAGGUGGAUUUCACUCUUUCUAUCCAGGACUUCAUCUGUGAGCACUACGGAGAGGACAGCUCCCUCUACGACAAGGAGAUCAAAGAUCUUAUGGAGCUCAGACAGGCCAUGCGUACACCCAGUCGUAACCAGGCCGGUCUGGAGCUGCUGAUGGAGUACUACAACCAGCUCUUCUACCUGGACCAGCGCUUCUUCCCUCCACACAGGAACCUCGGCGUCCACUUCCACUGGUACGACUCUCUGACAGGCGUCCCAUCAUGUCAGCGUGCGUUGGCCUUUGAGAAAGGAAGUGUGCUGUUCAACAUUGGUGCUCUUUACACGCAGAUUGGAGCACGGCAGGACCGCUCUGCCACAGCUGGCAUAGACCGAGCUAUAGAUGCUUUUCAGCGAGCUGCAGGUGCAUUUAAUUACCUUAAGGAGAAUUUCUCCAACGCUCCGAGUCUGGACAUGAGCGGUCCAUCGCUCUGCAUGCUGGUCCGGCUGAUGGUUGCCCAGGUGCAGGAGUGCAUCUUUGAGCGUGUCACACUCACGACACAGGACACACACUUCAUCUCCCAACUCCGCCUGGCACAAGAGGCUGCACGAGUGUCAGACGUCUACCUGUUAGUGCAGCAGACCAUGACGCAGCCUCUGAUGAAGGACUACGUGCCAUUUUCGUGGGCUUCCAUGGUACAGGUCAAAUCUGAACACUUUCGCGCUCUGUCACACUACUACACUGCUGUUGCACUUUGUGACCACAUGUCGUCUGCUGAGGAGGAGGAGGGGCAUGAGGAGGAAGCAGAGAAGGUUUUCCUCCAGUUCUAUGUCAGCACUCCUGCAGGGCCAUCGCUCAGCCAGGUUCUGCAAGACCCCGAAAAAAGACGAAAGCUUGGUAAAGCUCACCUGCGGCGUGCAGUAAUUAGACAUGAGGAGGCAAUGCGUGUCCACAGUCUGUGUAAGAUCCUGAGAAAGAUGGACAUCCUGCAGGACGUGCUGUCUCUCACACACAAACGCUCUCUGGACAAGUACUCGGAGCUGGACCGAGAGGAUGACUUUGAUGAAACUGCAGAGGCUCCAGAGAUACAGUCUCAAACCCACCAGAAACCAGACAUCACUCCACCCAACUUCUCUACAGUUCAAGUUACUGAUAUCUUCCAAAGACUGGGGCCUCUGUCAGUGUUUUGUGCGCGGGCUCGCUGGGGCCCAGUGCGAGUGAUCUGCCUGCAGAGGAGAGAGGGGGGACUGGGCCUCACACUUAGAGGAGACUCCCCCGUCCUGGUGGCAGGAGUGGUACCUGGAGGCUGUGCAGCGGAGGCAGGACUGAGGGAAGGAGACUACAUAGUCGCCGUGGAUGGACAGGAUUGUAAAUGGGCCAAACAUGGCGAGGUUGUCCACCUGCUGAAGAGCUGCAGCGACAGAGGAGUGGAGCUCAGUGUGGUGACUUUACACUCACAUGAAACACAGCAGGUGGAGAGGAGGACCAUCAUGUUGUCUCACUGCAGCGAUAAGGAAAACACUCGGCAGCGUCUGCUGGGCGGGGCAAAGGGCCAGAGCUCCGCCUCGCUGCUGAACUGGAACAGAAAGAAAAACAGGGAAGGCAGCGGGGCCACCAAGAGAUUAGGAAGCACUUUCAGUUUGUCGUUUGGAAGCAUCAAAGACGCUGAGGCCAUGUACUGAGGCAGGACUGCAGAGGGCAACUCAGGGAAUCACAGCAGUGGAGGACAAGGUACGAUGACGGUUGCAUACAGACUGAUGAACAAAAGCAAAUUUACCCAUCAUGGCCCAAACUGAGGCUAAAACAGCAUCGAAGCAUCGGAGCAGCCCACAGACAAUCCUACAGUCCAGCCUGCCUGCUGUUGCUUCUGCAUCGCUCUGUGUACAACGACGCAGCUUAAAACAAAAAGUGCAGUGAUUGGCCGGAGUCGACUCCGAGUGAUGAGUCGAAUCAUCAACUGUUUGAACACAGCCAGAGAAUUAAGAGAAGGGACCAGAGAUCUGGAGUUUAGUCUGAGCUGCCACACAAACUGUAGCUCGAUAACAGUUUAUGGCUAUACAUUUUGUGCACGGGCUGUUAAAAUAAACACAGUGUUUAUUGCAGUCAGUGUUGAGCAAAUGAUGCAUAGUGAAACAUACCAUAAGUCUUACCUCUCCCUGGACUCCCUGGUUCAUUUUACAGAUGAUGUGUAGCAGCAUUUUCACGUCAGCGCAGCCUCUUUUCAUGCAGGUAUCGUCACCAACGUCUCUGUGAAACACAGAUCCAUGAACAGUCAACGAAUAUUUGAGCCCAGCAUCAAAUCUUUAAGUCGCUGAGCCUUUAAUUACUCAAGGGCAACACAGACAGCAGGUGACACAAACACAACUAUAUGCAUAUAUUCUUUGUUAGACCCUACCCCUAUGACACUGGAUGUACAACUGUCGAGUUUUGGAAAAACAUAGAUUUGAUCACAUUAGCUCCCUGGAUCAGCACAUCUCUAAUGUACCUCGACUACUUCUGUCUAUAGAAUCUGUCUCUACGAACCCGACUGACACAGUUUGUGAAAAUUAAGGAAAACGUUAGUAAAAGCUCCUUUGCUCAACUUUACAUAACAUUAUGUAUCGUAGCAUUAACAUAACGGAUGUAAAAGGAACUGAGAGGACUUUUUGAUGGAUUUGGAUCAGUUCAUCCACCGAUACUUUACUGUAAGUAUGAUGCUGGACUUCAUCGUCAGAUCGGUAUUCUUGGAGAAUAUUUUUUUUUAGUUUUGUUUUCUGGAUUAUUAAAAGCACUUGGGAGGUUUUGAUCUAAUGUUUUAUAAGUGUGGUAUUUUAAAUGCAGUGUGAAUAUUGAAAAGGAAACAGCUGCUGUUAAUUGUGUAGUUCCGACCUGACGCUGCAAUAAUGAACAUGAAACACACUGAGAGUUUGUGUUUAUUUGAAAUAAAAUGUGGCACUAAAAGAUUCUGUAGGAAAAACAUGACAUGGUGUGAUUUUUUUUUUUUUUUUUUUUUAAAGGAGUUUUGUGUUGUGUCUUAUAUCUUUGUGUUCUUUAUGGCUUCGGAGAACGUUGUAAAGUCCAGCCACAGUACUGUGUUUUAGCCACUAUUAGAACAAUAGAUGAGGAUGUUUGUGGAAUUUAGUUUUUUGUUUUGAUUAACAUAUUUGAACUUUUUGUAAGAUUUUGAUACAACUAGAAUUGUGAGAACUGUAGCACAUUGUUGUUUGGUCCAGCUACAAAUGAAUGUUGUGUGUUUUUUCCCAUGGCCUGUGCGUUUUUGUUUUGUAUGUACAAUACUUGUGCCAUGGUCGUUCAGAUUCCUAAGUACAGAAAGUCAGAGGGGACAAACACGAUUCCUCUGCAGAGUAAUCAGAUCUUUAUAUCUUUUUAUAUAUAUAUUUAUAUAUAUAUUUCUAAUUAGGAAAAAAAUCAAGCGUGUCAUGAGAAAAAGAAAAGGACUAAACUCUUUGCUAAUGUUGUCAAUGGCUCUCUGUACUUACGUGUUAUGGCUCUGCUGUGUGUGUGUGUGUGUGUGUGUGUGUGUGUGUGUGUGUGUGUGUGUGUGUGUGUGUG